AUGGGCCCCCCCCCAACAGCUGCCUCUGGCGCGGCCGGGGGUGCACUGCGACAAACGGGCACAGCCUCCUCAGGAGUGUCGCAAUCUGCGUCCAGCGGUGUCCCUUCGUCUGCGAACGCUUCGCCUUCCUCGUCUGCUACCGCUUCGACGUCUCCGCUGAUUGAAAACCCCGCGAGCGCCUUCCCAGCGCCGUACGGGCGACCUCUGGUAGACGCUCAGACCUCAGGCGUCUCCAGCGCGGCCCCGGCGGCCUCUGCAGCCAACUCGGGCGCGCUCAUCGGUGCACUCGCUCCGCCUCCCGGGAGGUUCACUGGAAAUCCGCCUGCGUCGCCGGGCGGCCGUCAGACCCAGCAGGCGCUGGGAGGCGGCCCGGUCAGCCGCGGAGGCUCCAGCAGACAGCGCGGCGAAGACAGGGGCGCACGGACCCCAUCCGACGCUCGCGCUUUGCCCGGAUCGGGCGGGAACGCGUCUGCGGGGCCGCGCAGCUGGGGCCCCGGGAGUCUGAAUCAGCCAGGAAAGGGGGCGAGGGGGGAUGGCGCCCAGCAGGCCGUGGCUGAGAGCCAGGAAGCGCCGCACCCCAGGGGGAAUGGAGGCAACGCUCCUCCGUUCUCCAGCACCCCGUUCUCCAGCGCUCCGUUCUCCAGCGCUCCGCCUUUCUCGGGUUCGCCUGCAUCGCAGGCCUCGGGCGGCGGCAGGUCGCGGCCGCAAGCGGGCGAGACUCGCGGGGCCUCUGGAGGACAGGCGCCGCACAAGUGGCGCGGCGGACCCGUCGCCGUUCCCGGGGGCUCGAGCAACAACGGAAGUCCGGCGACCGCGAAUGCCCAGAAGUUUUACAAAACAAAGUUCUGUCCUUGGUACCCACUGCGGCGGUGUACCCACGGCGACCAGUGCAGCUGGGCACAUUCUGAGCAGGAGCUCCGGGGGUUCGGAGGGGCCAGAAAUCCGAGGGGAGCCUCGCCAGGCGGAAGCGUCUCCGGGGGCGGAGGGAGACAAGAAGGAAAGGGGCGAGAACGGAAUGCAGGAUCCAGCGGGGAUCCCGGCACUCACGCCAUCGACGGGUCUCCCAGCGGUACAGCCCUGGGCGGACUCGGCCUCGAGAGAUCCGAAGGCGGCGACAACGGAGCGUUUGGAGCCGGGCAGGGACUCGGCGUGGCUGUGGGCGAUCGUGGGGUGGAGGCUUCCCAGGGUCAGCAUCACGGAAUCGGAGGCCCACGGAGGGGAAAUGUCGCCUCUGGCGGCGGCCUAAUGGCUAGCGAAGAUUCGGCGCCUGGGCCCCCCAGUGACAGGCCUACGGGGUCGGAACAACCGCACUACCGUGGCGGCAUGGCCUGGGGAGGAGGCAGCCGCGGUUCAACGUCCAGCGGUUCUUACCAUCACCCCCCUCCGCGUAGUGGAGGAGCCGAGACAGGCGGUGCGGCGAGCGGUAGAACGAGCGGCGGAAUGUCUCACUACUCGCCCCAUGCCAACAAGGAGACGCAUGAGCAUCCCUCGGAUGCGUCUGGAGGUCCAUCACGGAGCAGGGGAACUGGAGGAGCUCCUGGAACAGGAGACCGGCCCAGCCACGGACUCGCGCAAGACGCGGCUGGGCCGUCCGUUCUCUUUCAGACAGGUGGAGGGCCCCCCAGUAGCGGAAAGAAUGCAGGUGGAGGCAUUCUAGGCGGGGCGCACUCGAGUGGAGUUGGAAGUGGGGCGCACGCGGGAGGCGCUCAUGGCGUGCUUUUUCACCACGGAGGGCCGGGAGGGUUUCACGGACCUGACAAGCGCAAGUUGUGUCCGUACUUGUCGCGGAAAACCGGUUGUUACAAAGGUGCCGAUUGCCGCUUUGCACAUUCGGAGGAAGAAGCUCUGAAUGCGGCGUUUCGACACCAAGCGCUCAUUGGUGGCCUUGCCGAACUGAGCGCGGAUGGUUUGAAGCCUGGAUGCAUUCACCCUGUCGGGCCAGAUGUGUGUGCCUCCGUGAUGAUGCAGAGAUGCGACCCAGAAGGCCUCGGUCGAGGAGAGGGCCUUCUCCUCGAUCCAGCAAUGGGAUUCCUUCCAGCACAUCCAAAGGUAUCGGAGAACUACGCAUUGCUGGGCGCGAUGGCGGGGUACGAGGGAGUUGGGUUUCUUCAGGGAGACGCCAGUUUGCCUUCGCAAGGAGGGGCGGCCCGAGACGACGGAGGACACGGCGCGAAAGAGAAUCGGACGCCGGGGACAGGUGGAGGCGCGGCUUUGGGGGGACAGGGAGACGGGGACCAAAGGGAUGUGCCUGCCAGUGGGACAGGCGGCGCGACAGGCGUUUGCGACACUGCUGGAGCCUCGCUGCACGCAGGAACUGGUUCGUGUGCGUCAGGACCAGGAGGGGCGCGUGGUGCCGGUGCCUCGCACCACCACACUCAGGGGCGUUUCACCGCCGCUCCAGGGCGUCGAGGAACCGGUCCGCAGGGGAGUGGGCGACAGCCUGACCCCGGCAGUCCCGCGGGCGGAAACGGAACGUCGCCUGCGUCUUUUGGGUCGGGACACCAGGCGCCGGGGAGUCACACGGGCGCACCGUCCAGAGAGCAUGCGCCGCAGCGGUCGCCUCAUCCCAUGCAAAAUGCGGCAGCAGCGGCGAUUGCCGCUGCACGCUUGGACGCGAGUCCGGCCUCGAUGGGGUCCUACUGGCUUCAGGCGUCCCACGCGCAUGCGCUUCCACACGCAGCCCAAGCUGGCUCCAUGGCCUCUGGACCCGCGACGCCGUCGGGGCCUUUAAGCCCCGUGUGUGUCCCCUUUGGGGGCGCGGGAUCGGCUUCGCACCACGCGCUAAUGGGACCGGGAGGACCGCCGAGCGCGCACCCUGGAGGGGCCCUCCUCGCUGCUGGGAACUCACGUGGACUCUAUUUAGCUCCAUUCGGCGGGCCGGGUUCCGGAGGCAGCGGAGGACUGGGCGUCGUGCCGGUCGUGAUGCAGUUUCUGGCGUCCACGGAAGAGCUCAAUGCAGCAGCGCCUUUGUUUUACGAGGACUAA